GAAGAAGGGACCACUAGCUAAUCUUUUUAGGUUUUUUGUUUCUCUCUGCGCGUCCUGAGGAGAGACGUGUUGAAUUACCAUAAUGACAUUGCACAUGGGAUUUUUUUAUUUAACUCAAACGCUUUAGUUUCUGACAGCGGAACGGGGUAUUUUGUGCACACGGAAGCGGUAGCUUUGGGAACGGAAACCAAAUCUGUAAACAAACGUAACGCACGUUAGCAACAGUUUUAGUAGUGGACUUAAACACAAGUGGGAACCGACUGUGGACUAACUAAACUCAAAGAAGAUGUUUAAAAACACAUUCCAAAGCGGAUUCCUCUCUAUUUUAUACAGCAUCGGCAGCAAACCACUGCAGAUAUGGGACAAAAAGGUGAGGAAUGGUCACAUCAAGAGAAUCACAGACAACGACAUCCACUCGCUGGUGCUGGAGGUCGAGGGGACAAACGUCAGCACUACGUAUAUAACAUGUCCGGCAGACCCCAAGAAGACAUUGGGCAUCAAGCUCCCUUUUCUCGUUAUGAUCAUCAAGAACCUCAAGAAGUAUUUCACCUUUGAAGUCCAGGUGUUGGAUGAUAAAAACGUUCGGCGGCGGUUUCGGGCGAGUAACUACCAAAGCACGACACGAGUGAAGCCGUUUAUCUGCACCAUGCCCAUGAGGCUGGAUGAUGGCUGGAACCAGAUUCAGUUCAACCUGUCGGACUUCACCAGGAGGGCCUAUGGAACCAAUUACAUUGAGACGCUGAGAGUACAGAUCCAUGCGAACUGUCGGAUAAGGAGAGUGUAUUUCUCAGAUAGACUGUACUCGGAGGACGAGCUCCCGGCAGAGUUUAAACUCUACCUGCCUGUCCAGAACCAGAAAGCCAAGUAGAAAUCCUCAACAUGCACUGUUCCCCCAGACCUGAUGUGGAGUUUAGUUGUAAGAUUUUUUUUUUCUGUGCAGACGUAUCAUCAACUUUGAAAAACAACAACUUUGUAUUAUUAUAUUUUCAUUUUGGAACUAUAAGUUUUGAGUGCCGUCUCUCACAAUAAAGAUUUUUAUGGACUCAUCUGUC